GGAGCAGCUGUGCUCGGCGUCUGGUCGACGUUGGGGGCUGUUAGGUCUAGCGGACAGAACAGACUCUUGGCCAAGCAGAUGGCCUCUCGGUGGCCGGGCGUGGGGGUCUCCGUGCGCCGAAGAUCUCUCCAGGACCAGGAGCAGCUGGAGGAGAGUGCGGUGCUGCAGCCUGCAGUCGGCCAUCCGGAGACCUCCAGCCGGGCUCUGGGCUCCCUGUGCAGACAGUUCCAAAGGAGGCUGCCCCUGAGAGCAGUCAGCCUCAACCUGGGGCCUGGCCCCUCCUGGAAACGCCUGGAAACCCCAGAGCCAGGGCAGCAGGGUCUCCAGGGUGCGGCUCGCUCAGCUAAGAACGCCUUGGGUGCCAUGUCCCAGAGAAUCCAGGAGUCCUGCCAGAGUGGCACCAAGUGGCUGGUGGAAACCCAGGUGAAAGCCAGGAGGAGGAAGAGAGGGGCCCAGAAGGGCAGCAGCCCCCCAGCUCGCAGCCUGAGCCAGAGGAGCACCCGGCUGUCUGCAGCCGCCCCUGCCCAUGCAACCCUGGACCCCUGCGAGAGGGAGCAGCUCAGCCUCUCAGCCCAGAGAGGCCCAUGGGGCCCCCCACUGCGGCGGUCCCGGAGGGAGGCUGCCUUCCGAAGCCCCUACUCCUCGACAGAGCCCCUCUGCUCCCCCAGUGAGUCUGACAGUGAUCUAGAGCCUGUGGGGACAGGAAUUCAGCACCUCCAGAAAUUGUCCCAAGAGCUGGAUGAGGCCAUUGUCGCUGAAGAGAGUGGCGACAUGACCAUUUCUCUCAUUCGUGACUGAGGACAGUGCCCUUCAGGUAACACCCUCUCCCAAGCAUCUUUCUCAAUUCAUCUUCCUCCUCCUAUUUCUCCUCCUCCUCAUGCAUGAGCACGUACGCAUAUUGCGAGGCACGUUAAAGAACCAAGUCUUUUCUGGAAAAACCCACAGAGCUGAUGGGCCCAGCAGAGUAGGAAGUGUGCAAGUCUUCCUACCUGCUUGGAGUCAGACUGCUGACCCACUGACCUCAUCACUAACUGAGCAUUCCGGGGCCCCAAGCCGCUAGACCACCUUUGGACUCCUCAUUUGCGGAGAAGGCAGGCUAGGUGUUCCCACCUCCCCUGCCUUGGGGGGCAUGAAGGGAGCUCUGUCUUGCAGGACACAAGCCAUAUCUGGCCACCAUACCCUCAGCCCCAGGAUCUGUGCCUCCCCAUGACUUCCUGGAGGAAACCCCCUGGAGACGGCAGCGCCCCUGGGUCACACUAACAAGGACUUGACUGACAUGGGCCCAGAUGGAGGUUGCUCUGGGGCCUCUGCUCUCCUGUUCCGGUCACAUCUAGGUCCACCAUGACAUCCUGCCACCGUCCAAGAGUGACUUGGGGAGACCUCGGAGAGGGGCGGGGAUUGUUCAGGCUACUCCCCUUUUGGGCUUAGGAACUCAUCCCACACUUGAGCCUCACGGUUGCCUCGUUUGCAACGUGAGGCGCAGGCAGCAGAAGAUAUUUGAAAUCUCCAAGCUGGGUCUCCAGGAGCGGGGUCUGCAGAGAAUUAUCGGUCAUCCUGUGUCACCUGUGCCAAGGCCCUCAGGAACCCAGCUCCGCCCUGCUCCCCCAUCGGAGCCCCGGGAGAAGGGAUAGGAGAGCCUCCCAGGCCCUGAGACCCUGGCCGCCCGGGACCUGUUCAUGCUCUCAGCACGGGGCACGGUGGGUGUGUAGGGAUGGGGGUAGCACAUUCACUAGCAAUUUCUGCCCUUUGUAAAUUAUUUAAGAAAUCUGCUUUAUCAUUUUAUUAGAAAGAAACCAGUAUGAGACUUUCCUAGAUAAUGUUGCUUUUUCAUAAAU